AUGGCGGAGACUUUCGCAUUUAACGCGGACAUCCAGCAGCUGAUGAGCUUGAUCAUCAACACCUUCUACUCCAACAAGGAGAUCUUCCUGCGAGAGCUCAUCUCCAACGCCUCGGAUGCUCUGGACAAGAUUCGCUACGAAUCGAUCACCGAUCCAGACAAGAUCGAGGCGCAGCCCAACUUCUUCAUCAAAAUCAUCCCGGACAAGACCAAUUCGACCUUGACCAUCGAAGACUCCGGCAUUGGCAUGACCAAGAACGAGUUGAUCAACAACCUCGGGACGAUUGCCAAGUCUGGCACCAAAGCCUUCAUGGAG